AUGGUGGAUAAUGUUUUUUUCCGUAACAUGUGCAGUUGUGGCUACAACUUUUCAGAACACUGGAAGAAAUUUCUGAUUAGUCCACCCGUUAACACGAAAUAUGUGUUAUCUGAAUCUCAUCGAGAAAUAUUCCUAUCGCUAAAGUAUAUCUCGCAUCUUGCAGCAGAAAUGUCAGGGCAGACAUUCCCAUAUUCUCCUGACAUUCUCUCCAGCUACGAUAUUAACAUGGUGUUGCUCCAACACCAACAGACAUGCCUUGCGCUCAAUGUGGGAGAAUGUUUUGUUGAUACUGUACGGCGGAUCGUCAAACCUGAUCAGAAAUCUGAUGAUAACGAUGAUGAUAUGAAUCAUUUAGAAAUAUCCUUUAACCCAUCACACUACAACAUACAACGCCAUGAUGCAUUCUUCCCAAAGAGACAUAUACAUCUAAAGAAACUCCACAGUAUUGUGGCAAUUGCAUGGUUUACGCUUGAAGUUCGUCAAACAGAAGAUGCUACAUGGAUACACCGACUACUCAGUCUUACCCAGGAGCCCCACAAUCAUACCUGGUGGGACCGGAAGACACAAGUUAACGAUACAUUGGUACUCAGACUGUUAACUAAGAGUGACAGUGGUCAGUUGAGAGGUUUACUGAAGGCAAUCAGGAAGGUUGACAGUUGGUUCAAAAAGGCUGAUGGGUGUAGAGGUCCAUUUACAUUGAAAUGGCACCACAAAGAUGACAGUACAAAGGCCUCGUUAACUUUGAAGUAUCACUGAAUUUUCUCAUUUUUAUAAAUCAAACAUAUUUAUUCAUGGGCAACUAAUUAUCUAGGUAUAUUUAUGCACCAUUUAAAUUCUAAUGUAAUGUAGAAUUGAAAUGUACUUAUAUUGUUUAUUGUUUUUGGUAUUAAUGAUACAACAAUGUA